AGAGUAUAUAGAGAGAAGUACUAUUUGGAAGAUUAGACGAAGCGGAGACGGAGAUGGAGAGGAAGAUGGAGAUGCAGAAGAAGACGAAGAUGGAGAUGGAGAUGGAGAAAAAGACGAACAUUGGAGAUAGAGAUGGAGAUAAAGGCAAAAGACGAAGAUUAGACAAAGACGGGAGCGGAGACGAAGAGGAAAAUGGAAAUGGAGAUGGAGAUGGAGACGAAGAUGACAUGCAGAAGAAGACGAAGACGAAGAUGGAGAUGGAGAUGGAGAUGGAGAUGGAGUUGAAGAAGACGAAGAUGGAGAUGGAAACGAAGAUGGACAGGAAGACGAAGAUGGAUAUGCAGAACAAGAAGACGAAGAAGAAGAAGAAGAAGAAGAAGAAGAAGAAGAAGAAGAAGGAGAUGGAGCUGGAGCUGGAGACGGAGAUGGAGAUGCAGAGGAGAUGGGGAUGGAGAUGAAGACGAAGAUGAGACAAAGAUGAAGGCAAAGAUGAGACAAAGAUGGAGGCGAAGACGAAGACGAAGAUAGAAAAUGAUUAUGGAGAUGGAGACGAACAUGCAGACGCAGAACAAGACGAAGAUGGAGACGACGAUGGAUAUGGAGAUUGACGUGGAGAUGGCGAAGGAAACGAAGAUGGAGACGAAAAUGGGACUCGAAAAUGGAAAUGGAGAUGCAAAUGCAAAUGCAAAUGCAAAUGCAGCAUACUCGG